AUGUCUGACGCUCCCGUAUUGCCUUCUUUUGAAGCACUUAGAAACAGUAGUAAACUUGAUGUUGCUUCUACCGAUGAACAGAUGAUGAGCAGUCUCUUCCCAGACAAGGAGCAAGAAAUUGAAACCGAUCAUUUUGGUCCUUCUAUUGCAAUCUCAGAAUUAACGGACGCACCGGUGGAAAAAAUGCAAGAUUUAUCUCUCGAUCCUGACGGACAUCAAGACGAAAACGAGAACGAAACUGAGGACGAAAUUGAAAAUGAAAAUGAUAAUGAGAACGACAAUGAGAAUGAUAUGGACGAGACUGAGCAGGAAGGGGGUAAACAAGACAAUGAACCUUCAGAAAAUGAAGUGAAGGGCAGAGCUUCUGAAGAUCAAGAUUCCAAGAAGAGUGAAUCAGAAGCACCAUCUCGUUCAGGUUCACAAAUGAAGAAAUCGAAAUCUACGAAAUCAUUAAGAAAGGAUUCCAACAUUCUCGUUCCCUCUAAACAUAUAGGUAUUAAUGACUUCAAUCAACAGUUCUAUAGAAAGACAUGUAAGGACGAUCUUCCUUUGAAUUUGAUCGUCGUUGGAGAAUACAGUUUAGGAAAAACCACCUUCAUCAAGUCUUUCUUGCAAAACAUGGAUGCAGCAAGACCAAAACAUACGCACGAAUUUACUCAGUAUAAAGCGAAGCUUUCGGAUGGAGAGCAACUUUUCCAUGUCAAUAUUGUUGAUACGCCUGGUUUUGGCGAAAAAAGCGACAACAGCAAUUGUUGGAGACCUAUUGCAGCAAACAUCCUUCAACGCUUGAACGAAUAUUUUGAGAAUGAAACGAAGCCUCAAAGAAAUCCUUACUACAAUGACAAUAGGAUGCACGCUUGUCUUUUUUUCUUGAACCCUAAUGGACAUCGACUCCAACCACUUGAAAGUUACCUAAUGAAAAAGAUCGACCGGUUUGUAAAUGUCAUCCCAAUCAUUGGAAAGGCUGAUACUAUGACUCCCGAUGAGUUGGCAAAAUUUAAAGAGCGUAUCGCCGAAGACAUGGUCUCAGAAAAAAUAUAUACUUUUUCAGAUUAUGCUGAUUCUGAGAAAAAGUUAAAACAUCCCCUUCCAUUUGCUAUUGUUGGGUCGAAUCAAUACCUCGACAAAGACGGGAAAUCCAUUCGAGGUAGACAAUAUCCUUGGGGAACUGCCGACAUUGAUGACCCUGAAGAAAGCGAUUUUUGCCAACUUCGAAACUUCUUAUUGUACACACAUAAUGAGGGAUUACGCAACAAAACUCAUCGUCUCAUUUACGACACAUUUCGUCAAGAGAAACAAGCAACCCUGGAUGAGCAAUCUGAGUUCAAGUAUAUUAGCACCGAAGAAAUUAAUAAGCAAUAUGUUCAAAAGCAGUCGCAACUGGUUGAGGAUGCAUUGACUAAAGGCUUGAAGUCUCAAUUUAAAGAAAAAGAAAACAACCUUGAGCUUAUGGAAAAGCAUUUACGUACACACCACAAGGAUUAUAAGCAUGUCCUUCAGAAACGAGUGAUUAGCUUGGAAGAAGAAAAGAAUCGUUUGAUCAAGGAGAUUGGACCCGAUAAAAUCCGAAAGGCAGGUCUAGUUAUUUAG